AAAAGACACUUGCAUUUGGUGUUUCCAGUCGAAAGCAACUUGCAGUUGAAAUGAAAGUACUGAUCACGUUCUUCUUUCUGGGCGCCUGCCUCUGUGGCAUCCAAGCGGAGGAGAGUAUCGCUGACCUCUUGAAGGACAAUGCGAAGGGCGUACAGGCAGCCAAUGUGCUCCUGACCCGGAUUGCCCAAGUAAGCGAGCAGACUCAGGUCGGUUUGGCGGAGCAAAAGGAGGCACUAAAGGCCCUGACACUCGUGGAGAAGCUGCUAGCCAAGUUGACUGUCGUUCUGGAGGUUGGCUCCAAUAAUCUGGUGGCCACCCUUGAGAACCUCUCCAGACAGGGCGAGGAAUACGGCAAUCGAACGGAGACAGAACUCCUGGAACUGGUCCGCCUGCAGGAGGGCACCAAGGAGGUACUCAAUGUGCUCGAGGCCAAGAUGGAUGCCUAUCAGAGGCACGUGCUCCACAGUUCCCGCAACAUUGACAACAGCAUCGACGGACUGGCCAAACUUAUUACUAGGACGGUGUUGCCACAAUUGAAUGGGCUGAAGUGCACCUUCGACAGCUUGGAGACCUCCCAAAUCAACGUGGAGGUGGAGCUGAAGAACUUGGCCGGAGUCAAGGAGCUCAGCGAGAACUCCAACCUCAAGCUGAACGUGCUGGAGCAUCAAUUGAAGCAGCUGAAUCGCACUCAGGAGCAGCGCCUGGACAUCCUAAUCGAUGCAGUCAAGCAUUUGCAGCCACACAGCUCCUGGAAAGUGGAGGCUGUUCUCCGCGAACUGAUCAUCUCGCAGAAACGCAUCGAACUGGGCCUGGAAGAGUGCAGCCGACAACAACCCCAUCCGCAAUAUGGCCAUCACGACGAGUCCUAUCUGCCCACCUACGGAGCUGAGGUCCCAGAGCCGCAGCAUGCUCAUCCCAAGCCCAAGCAAGUGGAUCUGGAACAGGUGUGGAGCAUCAAGGAGGAGCCCAAGCACGGAGAACAUUCUGGAAACCACAAAGCUGCCGCCUAUGCCCAGUCCCCCGAGCCAAAGAAGAACUAUAAGAGCUCCAGCGCCGUGUCCUGGCGGCAGUCGGUGCCCUGGGAGUACGGCUCACCAUACCAGUCCGCUCCAGUUCACCACCACCAGCCAUGGAACCCAACUCCUGCCCACGGUCCCACCUCUUUUGACAAGCCCAAGCCUUGUCCCAAGAAAGAGCACCCUACUCCGGCAUCCUAUGUUCCUUUGCCCCAUGACCAGCCUGAGUCCUACAAGCUUCCUGUGGAUUACAGUCCCAAACCCAACCACGAGCAACCCCAUAAGCCCCACCACGAACCACAGUCUUACAAUGAAGAAAUCUACAAGCCACAGCCCAUCCAGCCCGGAGAAUCCUUCAGGAUUUGGUAUGGAGACAGUUCUCUCCCCCAAGGAUACUAAAGAAAGAUUUAACUAGGACUACCAAUGUUACCGAUUCCGAUACAACUUUUCAAAGCAUUUAACAAACUCAUUUUUUUUAAAUUCAGAUUUUAUACAAUUUUUAUGUUUUAUCAAUAAAUAAAAAAGCAAAGGAAA